CGGAGCGCGGGGCUCGGCGCUGCCCGGCCGGCCGAGCAUGCACUGAGAGCGAGCGGCCCCGGGCUCGGAGCCGCCCCGCUGCAUGGUGUGCGGAGAUAACACGGUCGCGAUAAUAAAUGAUAGAGGAUACAAUGACUUUGCUGUCUCUGCUGGGUCGGAUCAUGCGUUACUUCUUGCUCAGACCGGAGACCCUGUUCUUGCUGUGCAUCAGCCUGGCCCUGUGGAGUUAUUUCUUCCACACGGAUGAGGUGAAAACCAUUGUUAAGUCCAGCAGGGAUGCGGUGAAGAUGGUGAAGGGCAAGGUGGCCGAGAUCAUGCAGAAUGACAGGCUCGGGGGUUUAGACGUGCUGGACGCGGAGUUCUCCAAGACCUGGGAGUUCAAGAGCCACAACGUGGCUGUCUACUCCAUCCAAGGCCGGAGGGAUCACAUGGAGGACAGGUUCGAAGUAAUCACCGACCUGGUGAACAAGACUCACCCCUCCAUCUUCGGGAUAUUUGACGGGCACGGAGGAGAGUCGGCGGCAGAGUACGUGAAGUCCCGGCUGCCUGAAGUGCUGAAGCAGCACCUGCAGGACUACGAGAAGGACAAGGAGAACAGUGUCCUGUCCUACCAGAGCAUCCUGGAGCAGCAGAUCCUGUCCAUCGACAGGGAGAUGCUGGAGAAGCUGACCGUGUCCUACGACGAGGCAGAAGUGUAA